ACCCCCAAAGGCCGCCCCUGUGGGGAAGGAAAGUGGCAGAGAGCAGAACCAAGGAGGGUUUGGGGGAAAUUUGUGGAGGGAGGUGAUAAGAGCCUGUGUCCGGGUGGGGAACCCUGCUCUCGGAGUCACAGAAGCCCCUAUCGGGCUGGUGUUUCCUCCCAAUGCCCACCACCUUCCUGCCUCCGUCGACGCCUUCCCCAGAGCUGGAAGACAGAAGACCCAGCCACACCCUGGAGGACAUUCUGUGCCUUCGGAGGUCUUUCUGCUUGCCUGUCCCCAUGCUGCUCCCGCUUUUGCUGCUCCUGCUGCCCAGCUCCUCGCACCCCCAGCACCCCUGUGAGGUCUCCAAGGUGGCCAGCCAGGUGGAAGUGAACUGUGAUCGGCUACGGCUGAAGGCGCUGCCUCCCGGCCUGCCAGCAGACAUGACCAGCCUCCACCUGGGUGAGAACACCCUGGUGACCUUCUCCAUGGCCUCCCUGGUGCCGUUCAAACGCCUCGUCCAGCUCCACCUGGACCAAAGCGAGCUGACCAGUCUGCAGACUGACCACACAUUGCCCCUGUUGCACACGCUGGAUCUCUCCCACAACAAGCUCAAGACGCUGCCCGCACUGGGGCGUGUGCUGCCCGCCCUCGCCUCUCUGGACGUCUCCUUCAACUUGCUGGCCUCGCUGGCUUCAGACGCCCUGGAUGGCCUGAGCCAACUGCAGGAACUCUACUUGCAAGGUAACAAGCUGAAGGCUCUGCCCCUGAGCCUCCUGGCACCCACAACCCAGCUGCGGAAACUCAAUCUGGCGGAGAACAAGCUGAACGACCUGCCCUCUGGGCUCCUGGACGGGCUGACGGAGCUGGACACUCUCUACCUGCAAAAGAACUGGCUACGCACCAUCCCUAAGGGCUUCUUUGGGGACCUCCUCCUGCCUUUUGCUUUUCUCCAUGACAACCCUUGGUACUGUGACUGCAAUAUCCUCUAUUUCCGUCGCUGGCUGGAGGACAAUCCCCAAAACGUCUACCUGUGGAAGGAGGGGAUGGAUGUCAAGGCCAUGACCCCCAAUGUGGCCAGCGUGCGCUGUGUCAACAUGGCCACCAUACCCGUCUACACCUACCCAGGCAAGGGCUGCCCAGACGACGAGGAGGAGCAGGACUAUGAUCAGUACUAUGAAGAAAAGAAAUCUGUAGGUGACACGGUGCCUGCCACGAGAACUGUGAUCAAGUUCUCCAUCAGCACUGAUGACCAGACAACAACCCGCUGGGGCCUGCUGACGUCACAGCCUCCUGCUGAUCCAAGUCAAAUGUCCUCCUUGCUGCCCCCCGAGGAACCCACGCUGAGAGAGGCCAUAUUCUACCACAUUCUCUACAAUGUCAACACCUACUACUGA